AUGAGAAUCCAGCACCAAUUUCUUCUUCACUGCUCGCUCUUUCUUUUCCUCUUAGCAACUACUACUUUGAUAUCUCCAUCUCUUGGGGAUUUAGGAAGAUGCAAUCCCAGUGACUACAAAGCUCUGAUGAAUAUCAAGAAGUCUCUAAGCCCUCCUGAGAAUUCUUACGAGUUAACUUCAUGGGUUCAAGAUACAGACUGCUGCGACUGGCACGGAGUCGCCUGUGAUGACCAAACCAACCGUGUACAAGAACUCGGUAUCUUCGCAGCUGAUAUCGCUGGCCAAAUUUCAUCCUCAGUAGGUGACCUUCCUCACCUCGUAUCUUUAACUUUCAGGAACAUUAAAAACAUCACCGGUUCGAUCCCGCGAUCCAUCACAAAGUUAAAGCAUCUCAUAAGGCUGGAUCUCCCCUAUUUGGGUCUGUCCGGGCCGGUUCCCGACUUCCUCAACCAACUCACUGCUCUCAAUUUCCUGGAUCUCUCGUACAAUCAAUUCUCUGGUUCCAUUCCGCCCAAUCUCUCGGACCUCAAAAAUAUUACAACUAUCUAUCUCGACGGGAACAAACUUACUGGUUCGAUCCCGGAGUCAUUCGGGAGAUUUACUGGUACUGUACCUGAGCUUUACUUGUCUCGCAAUAAACUCACUGGUCCGAUUCCGAAAUCGUUAGGAGCUUUGGGAUGUCGCGCUAUUAACCUCUCAAGAAAUAAACUUACCGGGGAUGCGUCCAUACUUUUUAAUCCAAACCAUAGUUUGACUACAUUUAUUGAUUUGUCGAGGAACCAGUUUGAGUUUGAUCUUACAAAUGUUAAAUUUCCAAAGGAUUUAAAUUGGUUGGAUAUAUCACAUAACAAAAUCUUCGGUGGAAUCCCUGAUGAGAUCAAGGAUUUGGACAAUUUGUAUAUGUUGAAGGUGGAAUACAACAGGUUAUGUGGUAAAAUACCAAGCGGAGGGAAUAUGGAGCGUUUCAAAAGUACUUCGUUUUCACAUAAUAAGUGUCUGUGCGGGUCACCAUUGAAGAUUUGUAAGAGAAAGUGA